AUGAUCACCAUGAUCUCAAAGCCACAUGCUGCCAUCCUCUGCAGCCCUGGCAUGGGCCAUCUCAUCCCUGUCAUUGAGCUCGCAAAACGACUUGUCAACCACCACAACGUCAUGGUCACCAUCUUCGCCGUCCAGUCGAAUACUUCCGAGGCUGAAUCCGAGCUCCUCAAGGCAGCCACGAGCCCGAAAUUCUGUGACAUCAUUGAACUCCCACUGCCGGACAUUUCCGGCCUCCUUGACCCCGACGCCGGUAUCGUCACGAAACUCAGAGUCAUGAUGCGAGAAAUACGACCUGCUUUUCGGUCUGCAAUUCUGGCCGAGGACUCUCCUCGUCCCUCUAUCCUUAUCGUGGACCUCUUUGGCACUGAAUCUCUCCCCAUUGGCGACGAGCUUGGGGUUCCCAAGUACGUUUACGUUGCUUGCAAUGCAUGGUUCUUAGCAUUGACUGUCUACGUGCCAAUUCUCGAUAAGGAAGUGGAAGGAGAGUACGUGGAUCAGACUGAACCGCUGAGGAUCCCGGGUUGCAGUCUGGUUCAGCCUGAAGAAGUGUGUGACCCGAUGCUGAAGCGGGCCGACCAACAGUAUUUGGAAUACGUACGGAUGGGGUUUGAAAUACCAAGGAGUGAUGGAAUUUUGCUCAAUAUCUGGAAGGAUUUGCAGCCCAAAACAUUGGAUGCAUUCAAAGAUGAGAGCCUCUUGGGUGGAGUGGUUAAGGUGCCGGUUUAUCCUAUUGGACCUUUGAUGAGAUCGGCCCAAUCAGCCGGUCCAACAGGUUUGAGGGACAGAGACUUGUUUAAUUGGCUGGACAAGCAACCCAGUGAGUCUGUGAUAUUUGUGUCAUUAGGCAGCGGGGGAACUUUGACCUAUGAGCAAAUGACAGAGAUGGCGUGGGGUUUGGAGCUGAGCCAGCAAAGAUUCAUUUGGGUUGUUCGACCGCCCACCUCAAAACGCGCAGAUGCUGCUUUUUUCACUUCAGGAAAAGGAGAUGACGACCCAUCAAGCUAUUUGCCUGAAGGGUUCUUGACCCGAACCCGAGAGAUUGGGCUGGUUGUGCCUAUUUGGGCUCCCCAAGUGGACAUCUUAAGCCAUCCAUCAAUAGGAGGGUUUUUCUCACACUGCGGCUGGAAUUCAACCCUAGAGAGCAUCAUCAAUGGUGUGCCGAUGAUCGUGUGGCCUCUCUACGCAGAGCAGAGGAUGAACGCCACGUUGUUGAGUGAUGAGCUCGGCGUGGCCGUGAGGUCUAAAGUUCCUCCAUGGAAGGGAGUGGUUGAAAGGGAGGAGAUAAAGAGAAUGGUGAGAAAGAUAAUGGUGGAGGAAGAUGGGAUUGCAAUAAGGGGUAAGGUCAACGAGCUAAAACUGAGUGCAGUCAAAGCUUUGAGCCAAGGUGAUUCUUCAUAUAAUGCACUGUCCCAAGUGGCAAGUACAACUAAAUGAGCAUUAAUUCUGUUUGUGAUAUAGGAAAAGAUAUGGGUUAAUUCUGAUGGGAGAUAUUAAAUAAAUAAAGUGGUUCGAAAUUGGAAAAAAUUUGGAUUAAGUAUCAAUUAUGGCGUUAUGAAAAGAAGAAAGACGUGUCGUUGGAAUCUAGACUUUCUUAUAAUUUUAGGGUUUUUUUGGUUUUCUAUUGAAGCCAAGUUAUGAUGUUGUAUUUAUCAGUUUAUUCUUAUUAUUAAUAAAAUUCAGAGACUUUUCUCUAUUUUUUGGUGA